CAAAACCCUUUUGAUUUUCUUAAUUAAAAUAAGGAAAAUGCUAAACAGUGCCCCGUGCACUAGUUAAGGAUAUAAAUAUAGAAGUUUUAUCUCGUAAAUUGUGCAUUUAAUGUUUUAAUAAUGUGAAAAGUUAUUCUCUCUCAUCAUUAACUUUAUCAUUUAUUUCCUUUUUUAGUAUGCUUAACUAGUGCCCCAGAAACACUAUUCAGCAUGACCCUUAAAAUAAAAUCGCAGUACAGUUACACCGUCGCACGUUUUCCAUAUCCACCAAAUCCAAUUGUAAUUUUCUCUAUAAAACCUAUCCUUCAUAUCCCUUCAAAACCUUCUUCGGAUAAACUUCUUCACCUACCCUAUUAUCUCUCUCUAAACACCAAUUUUCUUCUUAAUCCUAAUUACUUUUACCAAAUCUCUGUUUCUUUUUUCAUAACGGUUCUUCAAUCUCUCUAUUUUCCCCAAAUUUCAACAAUCUAGGGUUUUCUAAUUUGAUUUUGUUUGAUUUGCAAAAACCUUCUAUGGAAUUUCUAUGACGCUGGCGAACCCUAUGCGACGUAUCCGUCUCCAACACUCUUUCUCCGUCGCGUUCCUCUACUGGUUCUACGUCUUCUCAUGAAUUUCCUUUCAUCUCCGUGAUCUCUCUCUCUAAUCUUAUUCCCUUUUCUAUUAUUUUCUUAGAUCUGUAUAAUCCUAUUUCAUUCACCGAUUUUAUCAACAAAACUAUUCAAAUUCGAAACGAUAAGCGACCAAUCCUUCAAUUCAAUGGCGUCGAGUCAACAACAACGUCCUGUGAGUUCAGGAUCGGACGGCGGAGAUCUACAAAUUGACGAAAGGAAGAGAAAGAGAAUGUUAUCUAACCGUGAAUCUGCUCGACGAUCGAGAAUGAGAAAGCAGAAACAGAUCGAAGAUCUGACUGAAGAAUCUGGUAGAUUGCAAAUCGAGAACGAUCAUGUGGCGAAGAGGAUAAAAGCGACGGAAGAAGCUUAUGUUGAGAUGGAAGCUGCAAAUAAUGUUAUCAGAGCACAGACUAUGGAAUUGGCUGAACGAUUGCGGUUUCUGAAUUCGGUUAUCGAUGUUGCUGAAGAUGCUAAUGAUUUUUCUGUUGAAAUGGCUAUGAUUCCUGAUCCUCUUCUGAAACCGUGGUUUAUACCGCAUUAUUAUUCGGCAUCAAAUGACAUGUUGCUGCGUUGAUAUCAAUCUCAAUUCUCUCUUCAAAGUUCAAACACUUUGGUUUAUUAUUCAGCAUUACAUGAAAAUAUUGUGUAUUGAUCUAAACUCUUUUUGGUUAUUUGUGUUGAUUAGUUUAAAUGUUUAAUUAGGUUUGGUGUUUUAGUUUUUAUUUGUUUGCAUUGUGUUUUAUGUUUAUUUGAAUUUGAAUGGGUAUUGUGAUGAGAUUAUUAUGUAAUGUAAUGUAAUGCUCAAUUUAUAUAUAAAAGCUAUUAUUUGUGUUAA